AUGGCGGAAGCAAUGCCGGGUCGCAAAGGUUCCGGGAUUGGCAUCAAGGAUGUGGAGCGACGAUGCCCGAUCUCGUGGUCUGGGCUUAGUCAUACAGUUUCGUUACGGGGUGGUAGGAGUAAGACAAUUGUGAGCAAGGUGUCUGGUCAUUGCGACCCAGGACAAAUGAUGGCCAUCAUGGGACCCUCGGGAUGCGGCAAAACCUCGUUGCUUGACCUCUUGGGCGGUCGUGUGGGCAGCGGCACCACCUCGGGCGAGAUUCUGAUCGGCUGCAAGCAGCACCCCGCUAACAUCCGCAAGAUCGUCAGUUACGUUACGCAGGAGGAUUCGCUCCUGACUUGCUACACCGUGCGCGAGACGCUGCGCUACGCCUCGCGGCUCGCUGCGAUCCCCUCGAAGGCCAGAGAGGAGGCAAUCCAAUAG